AAAAGUCAUGUCAAUAGGCAAAAUGGUGGCGGAAAACAAUAAAGGUUCCAUCAUGAAAUCAAAAGGUAAAAUUGACAAAAUGAAAAUGUAUAGAGAAAGGAAAAAACAACAAAAAAGUGAGAGAAAUAAAUUAUACUACGAAAUGAAACAAAAUGAGAGAAUUAAAGAAUACAAAAAUUCCAUAGCUGCUGUAAAAAAGAGAAGACAAAGGGAAAACACAACUCACUUAAGCAAAAAGCUGAAGCUAGGAUAUUAAAAAACUUGCAUAAUGUCAGAAGGUUUAGGGAAAAAAGAAAAGGUGAAGAAAAUCUUGAAAUUAUAGAAAUUGAAGAUGUAACGAAUUUUACAAAUAGAAUGCAAAAAUCCAGAGCAAUGAAAAAACGUAAGAGAGCACUUCCUCAGACUCCUAGAAAAAAGGCUGAACAUUUGAUAAACCUUUUGACGGGGAAAAAAUCUAAGCAGUCACCUACAAUAGCAAAAUUAUGGCAAAUGAACAUUGUUAAAUCCCCUGACGAAAUUGAAAAUGAUGAAAUAGCAAAACAUGUCUUAGUUGAUGUUAAAAAAGUCCUGACUCAUACAAAAGCUCAAAGAUCAAAAGAUGAUUUCGAGGUAGUUGAUAUGAUCCGAAAAGGAAGUUUAGUUGCAUUAUAUACAGACGAUGAAGGAGAAGACUUUUAUCUAAUGAAGGCAGGAUCAUGUCAAGAAAAACUGCAAAGUUCGGAAACAGACGAUUGGCAGGGUCAGUACCCAGAAGGAACUACCGUUAUUUGUGGAUUAUAUUACAGAAAAACAGGACCUUUAUCGUACAGUUUAAUUCAACGUAAAAAUGUAAUUGUGAGUGUCAAAUCUGUCUUAUAUGUAACAAAUGAUAUAUUGACUCCGUAAUUGAUUUGUCCUUGGCCAUUCACGAAGAAAUAAUUGGACUGGCAGAGCAAAGCAGUUUAUAACAGACUAUUCGGAAUAAAAUUGAACGAGUUAUUUUGUCUUUGAAUUGCUCCUAUAUUUUGUAUAUUUCUUAAAAAGUAAACAAACAAACAUUAAAAAAAGACAAACUAA